AUGCACGGCCCUGGGCCUGCAGGCAGUCCACUGAUCAUCAAACCUCUCAGCAUGCAUCAACUGUUCAGACUGGUCUUGGGACAAAAAGACCUUUCACGAGCCGGAGACCUCUUCUCCUUAGAGGACUCUGAGAUUGAAGACAGCCUGACAGAAGCUUUGGAACAAAUCAAAAUCAUUAGCUCAUCUUCAGAUUACCAAACCAAUAACAAUGACCAAGCAGUGGUUGAAAUCUGUAUCACACGAAUUACAACAGCCAUCAGAGAGACAGAAUCAAUUGAAAAGCACGCAAAGGCCCUUGUGGGGCUCUGGGACUCCUGCUUGGAACACAACCUGAGGCCCUCCGGGAAAGAUGAAGACGCUCCCCAUGCAAAAAUCGCAUCUGAUAUCAUGAGUUGCAUUUUACAGAAUUACAACCGCCCCCCUGUGAUGGCAUUAGCCAUCCCCAUUGCAGUGAAAUUCCUCCACAGAGGCAACAAGGAAUUGUGCAGGAAUAUGUCCAACUACCUGUCCCUGGCUGCAAUUACCAAGGCGGACCUCCUGGCUGAUCACACAGAGGUUAUAGUAAAGAGCAUACUCCAAGGUAACGCCAUGUUGUUGAGGGUUUUACCUGCUGUGUAUGAUAAGCAGCCUCAACCAAUUAACAGACACCUCACAGAACUCCUAGGCUUGAUGUCUCGACUGGAACAACCAGAACAGUACCAUCUUCUACGGCUUCUGCAUGUAGCUGCAAAGAGGAAGCAACUGGAGGUGGUUCAGAAGUGUAUUCCUUUCCUAAUUGGGCAACUGAAGGAUUCGACCCAUAACGACAUCAUCCUAAGCAUCCUCAUAGAGAUUGCAGGCUACAAGCCAGUGGCUUUGAACAGUUUUCUUCCAAUGCUGAAAGAGAUUGCUGAGAGAUCCCCCUACCUCAUUGGACAAAUGGCAAGAAUCUAUGGGGCUGUCGGACAUGUGGAUGAGGAGAGAGCCAGGAGCUGCCUGCCAUUCCUGGUGAGUCAGCUGGCCAGCAUGGAGCACUCGUUUCAUCAUAUUCUCCUGCUGGAGAUCAAGAGCAUCACAGACACCUUCUCCUCCAUCCUGGGCCCACAGAGCAGAGACAUCUUCUGCAUGAGCAACAGCUUCACUGCCAUUUCCAAGCUCCUUACCCGACAACUGGAAACCACCAAGGCCAGAAAUGACAGGAGAAAACCCAGCACUGAAAUUGAAUUUCUUGAGAAGCUGGAAGAAACCAAGCUCACUGUAGAUGAAAAUGAAGACCAUGAAGAGCUCCAAGUUAAAAUACAAGCUUUUGAAGACAAAAUAAAUUCUGAGGGCAACACUCCUGGCUCUAUCAGAAGAUAUAGUUUGGAUCAAGUUUCUAAGGAAGAAAGAAAAGGCAUUAGAUUUAAUAGGUCAAAGAGUUUGGCUUUGCACACUGUGCUAACAAACUCCUCGAGUGCAGAGGAUGGGGAAGCUAUAGAGAGCAGAGAUACGCCAGCCAGCAUCUCUCUUUCAGAAAUAGACCCACUUGGCCAAGGACAUGAGAGGUCACCCUUUAAGGUAGACACUGAUGGAUCACAGCUGGUAAAUUCUUCAGUUUCACACCAAAGUAUUAUACAUGUAGCAUGUGAGGAUUUGCCAGAAGCAGUUAAAACAAACUAUCAGGGAGAAACUCCAGAGACAACCACAAAUCCUGUAGAAUACCAUGAUAAACUCUACUUGCACUUAAAGGAAAACUUCAGUAAAGUGAAAGCAUAUGCUAUAGAAAUGGUGAAGAAGAUUCCAGUCCCUGACCAGUGUACCAUUGAAGAUUCAGUUAGAAGUUGUGUAGCAAAGCUGUUCUUCACUUGUUCCCUGAAGGGUCAUUACUGCCUCUACAGUAAAUCCAGUUUUAUUCUCAUCAGUCAAGAACCUCAGCCAUGGAUCCAAAUCAUGUUCCUAUUUCAGCAGAGCCUGUUUCCUGAGCCGCUGUCCAUUCAGAGUCAUUCUGUACAAUUCCUCAGAACUCUAUGGGAGAAGACCCAGGCAGGGGGUGCUCACAGCUUUGAAACAGCUAUGACGGAGUCCACAUUCCCAGAGCAGAAGGAUCUGGACCAGGUUCAGCUCCAUCUGGAAGAAGUGAGGUUCUUCGAUGUGUUUGGCUUCAGUGAAGCAGCAGGAGCGUGGCAGUGCUUCAUGUGCAACAACCCUGAGAGAGCAACCAUUAUAAAUCAAGAUGGCCAGCCCCUCAUAGAAGGAAAACUUAAAGAGAAGCAAGUCAGAUGGAAGUUCAUCAAAAGGUGGAAAACCCGUUAUUUUACACUGGCUGGAAAUCAACUUCUGUUUCAAAAAGGAAAGUCUAAAGAUGAUCCUGAUGACUCCCCAAUAGAACUCAGCAAAGUACAGAGUGUGAAAGCUGUGGCCAAGAAACGCAGGGAUCGCUCUCUCCCUCGGGCUUUCGAAAUUUUCACAGACAAUAAAACCUAUGUUUUCAAGGCCAAGAAUGAGAAGAAUGCAGAAGAGUGGCUCCAGUGCAUCAGUGUGGCAGUUGCCCAAGCAAAAGAGAGGGAAAGUAGAGAAGUAACCACAUAUCUCUAG